ACACCGUACCACACCGUACCAACAUAACUCUCGGUUGUGGAAAUCCUCGUCGUCGUGAAACCUAGGGCCAUCGAGCUAACCACAGCUAAAGGAUGCCGAUUUGACCAGUAUACUCGGCACUGUGCUUGACAUCCUUCAACGAAUUCGAGAUGGAGGAGCGCGAAAGGCAUUCUGGCCUUGCCAGCUGUAUUCUCCGCAUUUACAGUGGCAUGAUGAUUGGCAUCAGACUGUUUCUUCUUACCAAAAACAGACGAGUCGAAGUGGAGUCUUGGAUGAGCGCGCCGGAGCAUGCGCCUUUGCCGCCACGCGUUUACCCUUCCCAGCAGCUGAUGCUCGCCGCGGUGCGUGUUCUCAUUCAAUUCCUCAACCACAAAUAUUUCGUCAUUCUUUUUUUGCCUUGGGGAAAACCGACUGAUAGCAGACAUACAGGCAAUUCUCAGCAUGGUUUUCGUUGUCACCUCGACACCAUUUUCCGUAAACCGGCCUGGUCUUGCACUCGUGGGGCUCGGCGAUCUUGCCGUGCUCGCACUCAUGAUUACUGCCACGGUCUUUCAGCUAUCGUACCUGCCGGCGUCGGACUCGGGAUGCUUCCCCUACACGGGUCCGCAGUCUGUCCUCGACAUGUUCACCGGGAUCGGAAAGGAGAACAACAAAACACCUGGCGACGUCUGCAAAGAGUACAGCGGAUCUUGUCAAUUGGCUUUCUUUUCCAUAGCCGGCCUCGCCCCGGCAGCUUUGAUAGGAAUAUUUGCGCCGAAUAUCGUUGGCAUCCUCGCGCUCACAUUCCACUUGUGGAUCAUCCCAGCCCUGGUAAUGUUAGCCGGCAUGGGGCUAUGGAAAGCCCUCCAGUAUGCUUUUCUUUUUUACAUUGGUCCAUUUCUCUACGCCAUCAGCAUGCCGCUCCGCGUCCUUCUCUCCGUUCUGGGGCGCAUACCGGCUGUCGUCCGUUACAAGAAGAGGAGAGCAGACAAAUUUCGGCAAACCGCGGGUGGUUCCGAUGUGGAGCAUCUCUUGCCGCUGGUCCAUCGCAAAGACAGAGGCAUAGAGUCAGAGUUAACUCUUGUUGCGAGACGCCAGACGACCUCCCACAGACCUGGUUCCGGCCCUCCAGUACUAUCCAUGGCACUGGAUUCGGCAUUUGAGAACCUCUUUGGCCGAGAUGAGGUUAUCCUUGCGCUGAUCCGCAACUGUCACUUUGUCGACGUCCUGCAGCUUAGUCGAACCUCGAGGACUCUGCGGUCGACCAUCUACAGAGUAAGCCAGCAGCUACCGUUGUUGCCACCUUUGCGGGUGAUGACAUGCUGGCGUGGGAGCAAAUCCAGUUGCUGGGGCUGUGGCGUUCAGAUCUGCACAGGGUGCAAGUCAACAGUGGAAGUGCCUGUCUCGAUGGCCCCGCUGACAACACGGCAUCUAGACGUGUGCGAAGCUCGCUGCGUGAGAUGUUACAUCGACAAAAUGUGCCACUCCAAAUCAUCUAGCAGUCGAACCCAGCCUUGUGCGCACCUCAAGGUCAUCGCAGCUGUAACUACUGACGACGAGUUGGAAGAAACGCAAGGGCAGGUGGUGUGCUCGACUUGCGCAGCGGCAAUGCCCGAGGAGUUGAGAGAGAACCGGGAAAUAAGAGAGGCGAAGGAGCUGGUCUACCUGGCCAAGUCAACUGUGAGCUGCGGGAACUGCAAACGGUUGCUGGAAGAUACUGGGCCGAGGUGGUGGGCAUGUUGUGAGUGCGGGGCCGAGUGUACGAGCCACUAUCAUCCCCCAUGGCGAGGGCAGUACCAUGGUGGGGAAAAGAUAGGCCGCAUGCAGUUGCUGUCUGCACUGUUCAAACGAUAAUGUAAGUUUGUUUUUUUUUGUUUUUUUUGUUUUUUUUUUUUUAAAAAAAAAUUAGUCUAUUUCUUGUCACAUUGGAUUGCCCUAACGUGCGCAGGGGCCGGGGAUUGGUCAAGUUUCCCCUUUCUUUGGAAAUCACGUC